GGCUGACGGCGGCUCAAGUUGUGGGAUUGAGAAGUUCAAACGUCCUAAUUACCACACUGUCCACACAUUGACCUACAAUGUUUCAUCGAGUUCAUCUCAUCAUGAUGGAAAAACAAUAAUAACCAGGAGUUUCAGAGUUAGUCCAGACAUGAAGCAAGUGGUCAAACCAUGCCUUCAAUUUCGCCCGUUUUCGAUUCCGCUAGUCAUUUUCUACCGGCCGGUGAGGGCGCACUUCAACUGGAGCGAAUACCAAGUUAAGCGGUCAUUGAGGCGGUCGACAUCUUCACUUUAGGGAAACUUUUCAAAAGUUUGUCUGUUUCUAUGGCAAACUCCAAUGAAGAGGACAUCCUGCCACUGGAACCAGUUUACACGGACUCCAGCCCCUUCGUCAAUUUACUCCAACAUGUUCAACCCUCGACAGACCCAGCCGAUCAACCCCAGCCCACCAAGAAGAAGACUGGUGCCCCCCAGCCCUGGGUGUCAGAGCAGUUGGUCAACGGCUUUGCAGAAGCCCGGUCAGUGGCCGCCACGGGGAGCUGGGUCGACGGCGACUUCGGGGAGUGCAUUAGCAGAGUGGAGAAAUUACUGGCUGGACAGACCCCUCCUCCUUGGGUGAAUGAUUCACCCCACGAGAGCAAACACUCACUCAGCCUACAGCUCAGGCCUGCCGAUGAACAGGCUAGCAGGUACCCCGGGCAACAGCUGACGGCCACAGAAUUAGCCGCUCAAGCCAACGUUACUAACAAAGCGGGCUGGCUCAUUUUUGACCCAAACCCGAAGCAGGAGGUCAGCCUGAAACAUGCCGCAGAGGAAUUUCUGGCCAUGUACCCACCUUCCAGAGUCAGAGAAGUGAAGGGAUCACCAAUUCACUGGAUCUCGGCCCGUGCACCAAUAGUGAGGAAUUACACGUUUAGACUGUGUGACGAUGGUAAAAUCAAAUACCAAGGCAGGGACAUUGAUGGCCUCUGUGAAGCCUUUGAGGACUUAGUGCAGUCGGGAAGACCUGUGACUUUCGAGAAGAUCAAACAGAUUGCUGUGGACAACAGAUGUCUGGUAGGCAAGUGGCUACUCUAUAAGAAGACGGGAGUUCACGCAGACCUGACAUGGGAAAGGAUAUUCCAGGCCACCAUCACCGGCCACCUGGGAAUAUCCGCCAAGGUCAGCUCAGCGCCCACUGUGGGGGACUUCAACGGCCCACGGCAUGUCGUCUGCGUCUACUCCCAGGACUUCACAGACAAGGUGGAUGUGAUGGAACUCGAAGCCAGGCUGCGGAAGCUGGGCAUCCGCUGCCAGCUGACCUACAAGCCUGACGCCUUCUCCUACAUGGGCCUUUACCGGGGGAAUGAGUGGGGACUCAAGCCAACCAUCUACACAAGUGAGUUUGAAGUCCGACAGAACCGUUCCAUCAUAACGUCGACGUAUGAAUGAAGAUCUGCCCAAUUCAAUCUUGCCCCUACGUGAACUGCAUGUUGCACAGGCUUUGAACCACACAUAGGGCCCUGAAUUCCAUGCCGGUUUGGUAUGUCAAAAGGAAAAGGUCAUUCGAGACCGAAGUGCAAAUUGGUUUAUGGCUGUGCUGAUGAGAAUGUAGAUGUCACGUGCAUUUUCUUUUUUUCUGAAAGGUGUUUAAAGCACUUCUUGUUGGGCAUAAGCUUUUGAAUAUUGAACUCGCUUGCUAUUCUUGGCUUUUCUGCAAAGUAUGGAGAAGCAUGCUUUGUUUUGAUUUUAGCGUCUUUUCGUUUUUCUCUCUGUUAAACUGUUUCAGUUUGUUUUUCUUUGUAAACUUUUCUCCAUGGUUACAAAAAAGCCGUUCUUUUUCUGUUUUUGUUGGCUUUUUCACGUAGUUACAGAGAAGCCUUUUUGCUUUUUGCAGUUCUUUUUGUUCUACCGUGGUGUAAAAAGACUUUUUAUGUAGUUUGUUUUGCAAAGGGUGCAUGUGGUUACAUGUACUUGGCAAACUGGGACUUUCAUUAAAUUUUACCCACAGAGAAACCUUGCAGCAUUUCAAGAAAUAUGUGGUUGCCUUGAAACUAAGUGGGAUAGUCAAAUAUGUCUUCAUAAUGAAAAAAUUCAAAGCGACGUUAUGAUGUUGUCAUGGUUUGAUUUGUCAUUGAUUUUUGACUAUGUGUAUUUCAUAUUUAAUAUGUCAUGUGACAUCUAAUUUAAAAGAAUGUGUUCAACACACAACACACGAAAAUACCGCAAUUAAAUUAUAUACAAAUAUACCCAUUGUAAAAAGACACAAAACAAACAAACAAAAAUCCAAAGGAGCUCUGUGUUAAUCACGUGACAAACACAAGAACAGUCUCUUUUCUUCAAAGUCCAUAGACUUUGUGCAGCUUUUUGACACGGGACUUUAAAGGAGACAUGUAAUAGGAUUAUUUUAUAACGUUAUUAAUUAAAUGUAAGAAUAUUUUCGAAUGUGACCAUGAAUAUUCCUUUGAAGAAGUGAAAGGGAGAACUUUGGGUUUCACUCCAAUGACAUUGUCCAUAUUCUUAAGUCAAUGCAUGAUGUCAUCAAGGCAGAACGUUUCAAAUGUCUGUAUACAAAUGUGUGUAUCACAGUUUUCCACAUUUUUCUUAGAGUAAAUUCUACUUUUUACUUGUUUAUCAUGAUAAGCAGCUUGUUUGGACAAUAGAAGUAGUCGAUAUUUCAUCACAAUCUUGUUGGUACCGUGAAUAUCUUUGAGGACAUUUGUAUUCUUAAGUUCUUUUGACAAGGAGUGCCUUGUGUGAUGAAACCAAUAUAGCGCCCUCUGUAAAGUAUUGACAAAUGGAUUUUAAAAAAAAUUGAUUAAUUGCCAUCUUGUCUCUUCCAAUGAAAAGUAUUUAAAUCUUUGUAUUAUUACAGUGAAUAGUAAUGCGUAUAAAAACAAGUUGUGCUGAACUUUCGCAGUAUGUAUUUCCAAAUCCCAUUUUAAGUUAGCAUCGUCAUCAAAGUUGCCUCAAGAAGAGAACUCAUAGCACAGAUUGCUCUUGAAGAAUGACAUCAUACACCAUCACUUGUCUCGUGGCAUGCCCACAGAGUGGCAUUCUUUG